UGCUGAACGUGGCGCCAUUUUGAAAACUUGAUUGGGACUUGUUUUCGCUUGACAACGGAGUACGUAAUCUGUCUGGAAGCGACACUUAUAAGAUGAAUCUUAUUUGAAGGUUCCCUCUUGAAAAAAUACUUGUAAGCAUGUCUGCCCGACCUCGUCCAGUGACAGCAACAGUGACAAAGCCUCUUUGGAUGUUAGUUCCUGAUGCUGAUAGUGUUGUUAACCAACGAAAAUCCUACUCAUCAGAUGGUUCAACUGCAUCUUUAACAUCUAUUCUUGACCAUGAUAGCUAUAUAAGUGAACCAGAGCUAAGUGAUGAAAAACUUAAUCUUACAGAACAACAAGAAGUAGUUAAGAAACUGAACAAAAGGGAAAGAAAAAGCAUUCAAUCAGUUAAGCAGAGAAGGAAAGUAUUCCACCAAGUGGGCAUUAGAGAACAGAAUAAUAAUAAUUCAAUAAGUGAAAGAUACUCGCAGCUGAAGGAUAUUCAUUUAGCUGAAAAUGGUUUGUCUGCAUGGGAGAGAUGGUUGAUACAGAAAGCUCAGCAAGAGAGAAAGGAGAAGACUGAAGCACUGCAACAGAAAAAGAAGAAAGAACAAGAAAAGGCAGCAAAAGAAAAGGAGAAAGAGCAAAAACUGAAGAGAGGAAGUGAGUUAAUACAAGACUGGUUAGAAAGAAAGAGCCAUCAAGAGAAAUUUAACAGGAAAAUGGAAAGCCUAAAAAUUGAGCAGGAAACAAAGGAUAAAGAAAAAAGAGAGGAGUUGCGUCAGAAAGCUGAUGAAAAUUUUGCAAAGUGGAUAAAAACCAAACAAAAAGAGGAAAAAGAAAGGAAAAUAAAAGAGAAAGAGCAGAAGCAGAAAGAGGAGGAACUGCGUAGGAAGAAAAAAGAGCAAGCAGAUGUUGAAUUUAAGGAAUGGCUGAAGAAGCACCCAAACAGACCACAGUCAGCACCUCCACUUAAAGCAGGUAAAGCAAGCUACCCUUGCAACUUCAACUAUCCCAAACCCAGCUAUGUCAAUCCUAUUCCUUGGCAGCACCCAGUGAUACCAAAAGAAAAGCAGGAGAAACCCAAGCGGCCGAAAACAAAAAAAUAUGUGUGGAAUCCUAACAAAUACUUUUAGAUGUGUCAUACAACAUUAUUUAAUGCUGUUUCCUUCAGGACCUUGUUGUGUUAAGGACUUUUCUCAGCAUCAGACAGAGCAUCAGUGAUUGUUUCUCUGGGCAGAUUUGGUAUAUGACAGUGAUACCUUUACUAAAAACAAUAGAAUCUGUAUACAUAAAGGAAGUUUUUAAUGCGGUGUGAAAGUUGUGUUUCAGUCCUUUUAAAUUUCCUUUUUCUUAACUAUGUCACUGCUGCAUUUCAAAGUUUGCAUUCCUUGUGAAAUCAGUGGUGUGCCUAUCAAGUGCUUGCAGAGAACAAGUAUAACGCUUCCCUUAAUAUCUGGCCAAAAACUGGUCAGAGUAUUAGUUUUAAAAAUUUUUUAAAUUUUAUGAUGUUUGUAUAUUUUUUCCAGCUCCAUUUUCUUCUAAUACUGUCACAAAGUCUAGUAUAUUUCCACUGUAGCAUGAGGAGUUAGGACAGAAAUUCUAUGCAUCAAGUUGAUUGUGUUUUAGACAAGGAUAUCUAUGGACAGUGUAUGCAGAUAAGAAUACUUUUGAAUAAAUACAUUAAAACAGUAGCAUAAGAAUGCACGGAUGCCUCUACAGGUGUAAAUGUAUACUUAAAGUUAUUGUUCUGCAGUGCAUUCUGCAUCAUGCUUUGUGUUUCUGUGUGUUAUUGGCUAAUCAUAUUUAUAUUAUCUCUGGUAAGAGAUCAUUUGUACUAUAACUGCAAACUUUCCAUUGCCUGGAAAUAAAGUUUGCUGUCAGUGUGUCUUGAA